GGGCGCGGCUGGCGGGCCCCGGGGGGGCGCGGCGGGGCGGGAGCGGCGAGAGUCUGCCUGACCCGGGUGGGUUCCGGCAUCUUGACCCACGUUUGGUCAGGUCACUCUCCUGAGUGACACCUCCGUGGCGUCAGAGGAGCUGUCUUUCGGCCUGUGCGGCGGGAAACGCGGUGGCCUCAACGUCCUAAGAGGACAUACAAGAUUUAUUUCAAUUCAUUUAUAAGAUUUCUUUAUGCACUGUUUUGAUUAUUUGGCUCAUUAGUCAUCCAGCCUGCUUCCUGGUUUGGAUUAUACUUUUGUCAGUGAAAGGAAACGGACUAGUAACUUGCAAGUUUUUUGGUCAAAGUAAAGAAGCAGUCCUUCCACUCCUCUUUGAAGAAUUUAACCUUGCUUUGUGGGAAGUCCCUGUAAUGGUACCUUCCCUGAGAAGCCGAAAUCCACUAAUCACCGUUCUUCAAAAUGCAAUGGAAUGUAUCAAGGUCUAUAUUCCGACUGGCACAUAGGACAUGCAUGGAACCACACUGUCAAAACAUAAAGGGACAAUUACUUUUGUAUAAAGCUGAAUCCAGAGUAGUUUUGGUACAGGGCCCUCAAAAACAAUGGCUGCACUUAUCACCUGUCCAAUGUGUUGCAAAGGAAAAGAAGCCAUUUACUGCUCAUCCACCCCAACCGGGGGUCCUUCACCAUAGACAGUGGGAGCAAGAUAUUUUAUCCAAGAGGGUUAUAUCAUCCAAUGCCACAUCCCCAGGAACUCCUUCGGAAAGAAAGGAAGAGCCUGAUCCUUUACAAGACAAAUCUAUUAGUCUUUAUCAGCGAUUUAAGAAAACAUUUAGACAAUAUGGAAAAGUUUUGAUUCCAGUACAUCUAAUAACUUCUGGUGUUUGGUUUGGAACAUUUUAUUAUGCAGCCAUAAAAGGAGUGAAUGUCGUUCCUUUUCUAGAACUCAUUGGGUUACCUGACAGUGUAGUAAACAUUCUGAAAAAUUCCCAGAGUGGAAAUGCCCUAACAGCAUAUGCCUUGUUUAAGAUCGCAACACCUGCCCGAUAUACCGUGACUUUGGGAGGAACCUCCUUUACUGUGAAGUAUUUGCGUAGUCGGGGCUACAUGUCAACACCACCUCCUGUUAAGGAGUAUCUGCAGGACAGGAUGGAAGAGACCAAGGAGCUUCUCACAGAGAAAAUGGAAGAAACAAAGGAUAGACUCACUGAAAAAUUACAGGAAACCAAAGAAAAAGUUUCUUUUAAGAAAAAAGUGGAAUAGGGUGCCUUAUAUAACAAGUGACAGACAAUUUCUGCACUUUAACCCUUUGGAGACUGCGCAAAGAUACAUGUUCCUGAUUAUUUUUUUGAUUAGCUACCAAAAUAUACCAGUUCUCUGAGGGUUAAAGACCUAAGAUACCUUUUUAAGGUUAAAUAUUACUAGAAAAAUCAGUGUUCUUUUGGGAAAAAAAAAAAAUGAACCCAGGUUAGAAUGAACAUCAAUACCAUUAAGCAGUGGUUAAUAUCUCAUAAGUCAGAUCUCUUUUUCAGGGUCUUAAGAAUCAUAUUUGCUUUGUGUUUUGUUGCAACUAUAAUAUAUGCAAUUGGGGCAGUUGACUCCUUGAAUACCUGAUGUGGCCCUAGACAGGAUGUUAACACUGGGUUUUCAUCUUUAUGUUAUACAUUGAGCUUUUAACUAUAUUCAUUUCUCAAUGUGGAGACAAAACUAUUAUCAAAACUGCUAGUGAAUAAGAGGAUGUUUAGUGUUUCUGUAAAAUCAGUAUAUAACAGUUACACACCAGUUAAAAUAUACACUUUAUAUGAAAGAAGUUGAAUAAAAAUGGAGUCAUACAUGUGUAAAUAGGAUGUAUUGGUUAUAUGUAAAUGAAAAAUUGAACCUUUGAAAAUGAUUUUUACCUGAAGCUUGUCAUAAUCAAAAUUUUUAAAACAAAUAUAUAUGGCCAUAUACAUACCUAGAGCAUAAAUCUCUACUGUGAGUCAUUUGUGUUCUCUCUCAACUAAUCUUUCAGAGGAAAAGUGAAAAUAAUACUACCUUAAGUUUAUUGUUGAAAUCAAAUAUUCUUAAGCCAUGACUCAAGUUUGUGGUUCUCAAGCAGAUACAGGUGUGGGAGGAAGGAAAGUGCCAUUAGGUUGUCCCAGAGCUGAGUCACUCCCCCUGCCACGUGGCAGGCCUUUGUCUCCACAGGCCAACACUCUCUCUGUGUCUUUGUUUCAGAGUUCAUGUUCAUUUCAUUGUGGAGUAAAUUUUUAAAUUGCUUUUAAACUGCUUUUUCCCUUUUAGUGAAAUAUCCUUUUUUCCUUAUAUUGAAAUAUGCUUGAGCAUUUUACUUGAAAAUUGUUUUAAUAGCAAAGCUAUCAUUAAAUUAAUCUGUUUGGAAUGAAAUUCAGCCAUUGUCAGGAGAGUUGCCCUGAUUGAGUGCAUUUGAGGAUGUGUGUGUCUGUUUCCUUUUGCUCUAACUGCUUUUACUUAAACUCUAACCCUUGAGUUGAUAUUCAGAACCUCUUUCUAGACCAUCAUUGUUUUGAGUGAUAUGAUAAGGCAAGAGAAUAUCAAAGGGAUUACAAGAAACAAUCCUGUGCGGAUCACUGCUAUGGGGCAGGAUUUAUGUAUUAAAUAUUUAGUUUGGUCAAAUUUGGAGAAUAAGUUAAAGGAAAAAAGGCUUACAUAUGAUACAUCUAAUCAUUGUAUUGGAACAUUUUGUAAGUUAAUAUGCUGUGUUUAGAAUCUUUCCUUUUUUGUGGGGGAGGCAGGGUGGAGCAGCGAGGGGGCCACUGUUGCGCUACCACACACACUUUUAUUCAGGCAGAACAGUUUGGUCUCCUGAUACACAAUGGAACCCAUGAUUUCAGAUUGACAGCACAUAUUCAAAUCUAAACACAGUUUACAUGUUUUAGCUUGCUAAUUAAUCAUAUUUUGAAGAUAUUAAAUGCUAUUAACAAAUUUCUUAUUUUUUUUUAACCACUUGAGACUAUGCCUUGUUUUAAAAUCUUAUAUGAAACUUUUCUAAAACAAAUUACUUUUAUUUUUCACAUUGCACAGGGCAUAUUUUCCAAUAGGGGUAAAUUUGGGAUUCUUAGAAGUCAAUAAUCCUGAGACUAAGAUUUGCUUUUCCUGACUAUCCACUUUUUGUUCAAUCCAUUUGACUUUUGUUGCCCUCCAGUUUCAUUAUUGUGUUUAUCCAGUUAUAGAAAGUGAGAUACUGAUGAGUACUUUGAAAUUGUUUAGUAAAAUAUUAUAUGAAAUAUGA